AUGGCUACACAACAAACGGUCACGCAGCCAUUGCGCAUCUCCAAGAACACUCCCACGCCUUCACCCACCAAGAGUGCCAUCCCGCGCCCAUUGUCUGAGAUUCCAGUCACUGAGCAGCGAAGAAAUUCCCCUAGCCGGAACUUGCAGUCCCCAAAGAAGAUGGUCCUUAACACCGACUCGUCCCCAUUCCAAUCAUCGCCUCUAGAUGGCACUUCCUCUCCGCGCCUGUUCUGGCAUAACCGCCAUGCCGCCAGCAAUAGCGUGCCUGAGAACGACCUCUACGGUGGCCGCUCUGGUUCUCCCUCGCCAACCCGGCGGUCCUCCAUCGAGCGCCUCCAAAAGGCAUCGCGAGUCAAGAACAGUACCAUGUUCGCUCGAGAGCAGAAGCAGGAAUACGACCCUACCCGUACACCUGUGAUCGAGCGCCCUCUUGCCAAAGUUCAAGGCAAUGCCUACGGCGGUACCGGCAUCGCUGGAUUCCGUCCCGGCCACGCGCGACAGGACAGCCAGACCAGCAUCCCGCUUUACAGUCCUACAAAGUCCAUCACUAGUCCCACGGGCGUUCACUGCCUACCGCAGACACCUAGCAGAGAAUAUGGCUCGCCCAUCAAGUCAUCGCUUUCUCCUUCGCGCUUCAAGAGCAGCUACGACUCGCAAGAUGGCGACGUCUUCUCGGACAAUUCUUUCGACGAUAUUGAGCUCCCUAAUGGCAGAGCUUUCCCCCGACACGCCAAGUCGGUGACCUUCGACGUGGCGCCUCCUCAGAUCAACGAAUACGAGAUGGCGACCCCGGAUGUCUCUACAAUCGGUACUGAUUCGCGCGAAGGCAGCUUUGAAUCCGAUGAGGAUGCGGAUGACAUAUAUGGACACUACCCCGUCGACGAUGGAGAGGGUCACGAAGAUAGCUUUGAUGCCACCUUGGAGGACACAGACAAGACCCCGGUGGUCGGCCCUGACGACUGGCGUCAAGAUCGCGACACCCGGUUUGAUAGUAGCCCAAUGCCUGAGAAGGCCCCGUCGCAAGCAGCAGCUGCGCGUCCGCAACCUGGCCGCACUGACUCGUGCACGUCUAGCGGCGAACACCGCCCGCUCCCUCCCCUUCCCGGCAUGGGCGACGCCCGAUUGCACUCUGCAUCUUCAAACGGGCUGUCCGCAAACGCUGAACGUAUGCCCGGCUCACCUCGGACCUUGCCUUCUCCACCACCCGCCUCUGCAUCCAAGUCGGAGACACAUAAUAUUGGCAACGGAAACAUGUCGUUGGAGGAACGACUAAAGCUUAUGAUGCUUUCUGACGAGACGAGCCCCAAGGGACCAGACAGGCCAGCAAAGACGUUUGCAGAACAACAGCGCGAGCGACGCAUGAGGAGGGCCGGUGCUCGCGAUAGAGUCGCAAGCCCAACCCCUGAACGCGAGGAGCCCGAUAGUGAGGCCGAUGAGGAGGAUGAUACAGUCGGUGAUAUCUCGGGGCUCGACAUGGACUACCAACUGCCCAGCAUUUCACGCCAGUCGAUCUUGCGCCGAGUCAAUGGCAACAAGGCGUUCGGCCGUGACUCAGACUACAACUUCAACUCGCCAGCACCAGAGUCGAACCCUACAAAAAGCUCUCCUUAUGAUCCCGAUGUUCCUAUUGCUAGUAUCGAGGACUCGGUGCUGGAUAAUAUUUCUGAGCUAAGCGAGGACAGCGUCUUUAUGGAUGGUGGUGAGGAUGAUGAGAAGGCAUAUGUCUAUGAUCUCUACCAACGAUCUGAGGACGAAGAGACAGCAUCGCAGAAGGAGGCGCGCGAUGAAGACUCUGACAGCCACUACUCUGACGAGGCGCAUAAGGAGGAGCCGGUACGGGUAGAUGAGGACCAAACCUCCACUCCUCGGCCAGCCAGCCCGGCACAAGAGGCACCAGAGGCACAAUUGGUACCAGAGACACCAAAGGCACAAGUGGCACCAGAGACACCAAAGGCACAAGUGGCACCAGAGACACCACAGACAGCACGAGGAGCACCAGAGACACAAGAGGACGCAGUGACCGAUUUCAGCGCCACUCUCCCUCAAGUGACUAACCAGCGCAAAGGCUCUGAUUUCACUCGCAGUCUCCAAACUUUCAUGCUUCCGAAACCAAAUGAAGCAGAUGCCGUUACUCACACUGAGAGCCACAGGAUGUCUGAUUCUCAAGCUUACUUGCAACGACCAUACACUCCGCAGCAACUAGUUUCCAAACCCGAGUAUGACGGUUCGGGAUGGGGUGAGCCUGAAGAGGAUGAAGCCGAGGAGCCUGGUACUCCCGAGUCGGUGAUCCAUCACCCGGUCUCGGACGACGAAGAGGACCUGGAAGAGGAAGAGGAAGAGUUCAUCGAGCUUCCGGCGGUCCCUGAGCAGGUGGCCACCAUCAAGGCCUCGGGAUCUAAGCUCAAGACUCGCCCUUCGGCUACUCCGUCCGACAUCGUGGCGAUGCGCGAAGCUCGCAGACACGUUAGUCGCGAAGCUCCACCCGGCAUCCCUCCCAUUCCUGAUCGACACCGUAACCGCCUCUCGCGUGACAUGGACAGCGCGUGCCUCGGCGAUUCAACUGGUGAUGAUUUUUUGGAGCGUCAUCCGAGCUUCAAGAAUCGCAGCCUCACAUUGGAUCUUGACUUGGGCCUCAGUCUUGAUCAGGAUUUUGAGCGGGUUAUCGAGGCGCAAAAGGUCGAAUUCCUCCAACUCUCCUUGAACCAGAAGCCCCUAGCUGCAAGUAACAGUUUGACUAGACAAGUGUCUGCUUCUACGUCUGGUGCAAAUAAUCCUGUCUUGGCAGGACUCAAUGCUAACAUCACUGCUCGCAAACAGCGCGGCUACCUCAUGCGCCAAAACACCAAACUUGUUGCUGCUAGCGACAAGGAGACGGAGGAAAAGCGGUCAGCGAUCCGUUCGGCUGGUAACUCGCCCGUCAAGCCCCCGCUACUGCGCCCUCAAUCGUGGACUGUUGAGCCUUGGAAUGGUAACCACAGACGAAGCAUCAACAAGAAGCGCCACGCGCCUAGCAUGAGUGGCCCAGUGCCUCCCAUGCCUGGUCAGGAAAGCAACGCCACAGCCAUGAGUGCCGUUCAAGAGGAGGAAACUGGAACCGAGUUGGCCACCGAGGAGUGCGGCGAGAGAGGCCGGCUGUUCGUCAAAGUGAUGGGGGUCAAGGAUCUCGACCUACCUCUGCCAAAGAAUGAGAGGACUUGGUUCAGCCUAACCCUUGAUAAUGGCGUGCACUGCGUCACCACGGCCUGGUUAGAGUUGGCGCGCAACGCACCCAUCGGCCAAGAGUUUGAACUAGUGGUUCCUAAUGACUUGGAGUUCCAGCUGACUCUCAACGUUAAAUUGGAGAGACCUGAGCCCAAGCGUGUACAGCCAGUCUCGCCGGCUAAGGUGUCGAAGCCGAAGCCGUCCACCUUUUCUCGCGUCUUCGCCAGUCCUAAGAAGCGCAAGGAGAUGGAAGCUCGUCAACGGGCGGAGGAAGAAGCUUUUGCACAGGCCCAACGGGCUGCUGUCAACAUGCAGAGAAACGUUGCUCCCACUGGAUGGGACCUGCUCUCCCCACUGGCAGCAGACGAUGGUAGUUUUGCCCGAUCAUACGUCUGUCUUAAAGAGCACGAGUCCCGCUGCUACGGUCGGCCCUACAUGGUGGAAAUCGCCGCCUUCAACGAAUGGGCAACCGAAGAAGCUGGUUUCGCAAGCAGUGUGAAGAGCAAGCGUGCUGGCGUUGGUAGUAACUCCGUCGUACGCCGAGCGCCCUAUAAGGUCGGCAAGCUUGAGGUGCAGCUCCUCUUCGUUCCGAGACCCAAGGGCUCCACAGACGAGGAUAUGCCCAAGAGCAUGAACUCGGCCAUUCGGGAGCUCAAGGCUGCCGAGGAAAGGCUGAGCAGAAACUGGGAGGGCCCCCUCAGCCAGCAGGGUGGUGAUUGUCCUUACUGGCGUCGCCGCUACUUCAAGCUCCAGGGCAACAAACUGACAGCCUUCCACGAGGCGACGCGCCAACCGCGUGCCACCAUCAACCUUUCAAACACCAAGCGUCUCAUUGACGACAGGCAUCAGUUGACCAAUCCAGAAACCACUGCUCGUAACGGCAAGAGGCGUCGCUCUGCAUUCGCUGAAGAGGAAGAUGGUUACAUGUUCGUCGAAGAAGGGUUCCGAAUUCGGUUCAACAAUGGCGAGGUUAUUGACUUCUACGCGGACACACCGGAAGACAAGGACGGCUGGAUGAAAGCCCUCGGCGAUGUUAUCGGACGUGGCGGCGAUGAUGAUGAUUCUGCUGGUGGAACCAACAGCCGCCGCAAGUGGUGUGAGCUCAUCCUCAAGCGGGAGGAGGCCCUACGAAAGCGCUCUGAGGGACGGAGAACGCACUCGAGAACGAAGAGCAUGAUCAUAUGA